AUGCUUUCUUGGACGUCAUCCUGGGAGUUGAUGGUAGAACGACUUGUACUAGAGUGGAAAGUCACUCAUGGGAAGUGGGACGAGAAGCGCGACGGCUUGUAUGACAAGAGCAAAGAGAAACCUCCCGCAUACAUAGAUCGUUUUAAGUCUUAUAACCUUAUUACUACCCUAGCUCCGAAUGAGAGCGACGGUCCGGAUGAUAAGUCGAAUAAGGAGGAAGAGAAACUGAAUCAAGUCUAA